AUGGACAAGUGGAGGUCCACGGAGCCUUCAGGUGGCGCCGCGAGGAUCACAAUUCACGAGUGCGGCUGUGAGAGUUGGACGGUUUGGUCCCCCAUGGUCUCGGCCAAAUGGAGGAACUUCCAUUGGUGCCAAAGCAUCGCCAUGCUGCGACCGAAUGGACGGAAGCCAUCGAUGCGGUGCAGGCGUGUUUGCGUGUAUUUGGCUGCACGUCCAUUCCCCUCCCUCGGUGUGCCAGCAUAUGACAUCGCCAAGAACCACCAGGUCCGCAAGCAGUACACCAUCCAGGUCGGCGAGAACGAGCUCGUCCUCAAGGAGCUGGAGCUGCUCGGUGACGGGGCCAACGUGUACAAGCUCAUCGGACCGGUCCUGGUCAAGCAGGACCUCGCGGAGGCCAAGGCCAACGUCAAGAAGCGCAUCGAGUACAUCUCCGCAGAGCUGAAGCGGAUGGAUCGGGCGCUCAAAGACUUGGAGGAAAAGCAAAACAGCAAGAAGGAAUCGAUAUUCAAGUUGCAACAGAGGAUGCAGGCUGUACAAGCUAAGGCUUAA